CGGAGUCUGUUGCAGCUUUGUUCUCAAGAGUUCAAGGAAAAUAUUUACAAAACACAGCUGAAAAAUAUGGAGGACUUUCACAAACGGUACGCUAGAAUAUGUAGGGAACAACAUACGUACCCGUUAGAUGCUGUUUUAAAUCACAUUCGUCGUUAUUUGGAUAGCGGAUUGUCUGGCGAAGAGAGCGUGAAUGAUGCAGAGGAGAUGGCGAAGUUAGAUCUUUCUGGUUACAACCUAACACCAGACGAUUGUAAUGCUUUAGCUACGGCACUUGCAGAUGAUCUAUUCUUUGAAGAACUCAAUCUUUCCGACUGUUUGCUUAGUGAGGAAUCAAGCAAAAUACUUCUUCGUGGUUUGAUGGACAACCAAGCUAUCAAAAGAUUGAGUUUGAAAGGCAACAACAUUCGUUCGGGAGCUGCAGAAAUGUUAGGACAGUUUCUCAAGAAAAAUACCUGUGUUCGAAGCCUUCUUGUUGAAUGGAACGCGCUUGGUUUGUGGGACAGUGGAAUGAGGGCUAUUUGCGAGGGUCUGGCGAUAAAUCAAGUGUUAUUGUUCCUUGAUUUGAGAAACAAUCAGAUUACACAUGAAGGGGCUAAUCAUCUUGCUGUAGCAUUGAAAAGAAACCAUUGUUUAAGAGGUCUGGAUUUGAGAUGGAAUAACAUUGGUCUUCUUGGGGGAAGAGAGCUGCUGGAAGCCUUAAAAUAUAACAAAAGACUUGUAGGAUUAGAACUAACAGGUAAAAAUAAUAUACAUGCAAGGCUGCUGCCUAAGAAAAUUUUUUUGGGAACCCUUCAGGCUGAUAACCUAAAAUAAAAAGUUAGCAGCCCGAGCCACAUUUCCAGGAGCCCAUUGUUCAAUAAAAUUANGCAGAAAUGUUAGGACAGUUUCUCAAGAAAAAUACCUGUGUUCGAAGCCUUCUUGUUGAAUGGAACGCGCUUGGUUUGUGGGACAGUGGAAUGAGGGCUAUUUGCGAGGGUCUGGCGAUAAAUCAAGUGUUAUUGUUCCUUGAUUUGAGAAACAAUCAGAUUACACAUGAAGGGGCUAAUCAUCUUGCUGUAGCAUUGAAAAGAAACCAUUGUUUAAGAGGUCUGGAUUUGAGAUGGAAUAACAUUGGUCUUCUUGGGGGAAGAGAGCUGCUGGAAGCCUUAAAAUAUAACAAAAGACUUGUAGGAUUAGAACUAACAGGUAAAAAUAAUAUACAUGCAAGGCUGCUGCCUAAGAAAAUUUUUUUGGGAACCCUUCAGGCUGAUAACCUAAAAUAAAAAGUUAGCAGCCCGAGCCACAUUUCCAGGAGCCCAUUGUUCAAUAAAAUUAAAUAUAAGUAAGCAGAUGCUCGAAACUCAAGUUGUUUGAGUUUCGAAUUUCCAGAAAAGUGCUUGUCUGUUAACUUUUAUCAGUGGAAGAGUUUUGCUUAAGGUCGAUGAAGACACAUUUAACGUUUUCAUUUCAAAAGUGCAAAAUGAGCAGGGAAUUCUGUCAUUGGAAGUAGGCAUAGAGGCUAUUGCCAUAAGAAUCAUAAGUUUUAGGCGUCCGUGCAGGCUCCUUGAUUUAAUUUCAGUGGCCCAUGAGCAAAUUGUAGGAGCCUCUGGUGACUGGGCGCCUGUUAAGCAGCAGCCUUGACAUGAACAGGGAAUUAUGCACCACUCCCCUCCACCACAUGUAUUGGCAGCCAGGUGUCACUGUACAGUCCGUCUCCGUUAUUAUAGACACUGAGGGGGCCAUAGAAAGUGUCAGAGUUAAUGGGCUGUGCGUAUUAAGCAGAUCAUGUUAUUUAAGUAAAAAAUACUCCUUUUAUUAUAACAAAAUACUAAAAAAUAUAACAGGACAUUAGCAUUGUCAAAUUUUUUACAGCACAUGGUGUCCGCAUUAGCAAAGUUGACUUUCUAUGAGAAUCUGUUCAUUGGUUCAUUGGGUACAAAACAAGUGUCCUUUGUCCACAUUACUGGUGUCAGUAUUAAUCAGGUUGAAUUUUGAAUAAAUGUACGAGCUUUGCACAAGGACACUGCAAACUGUCUGUAAUAAUGAGGUGUCCAUAUUAAGUGGGUGUCUGUUAAGAGCAUUUUGACUGUACUAUAUCUUUUAGCUGCAAUUCUUUCAGAAGGGAUGCUUGACAUUAUAAGGAGACUGAACUCUGAGUUUUUACAUUGUUUUUUUUUUUCACAGAAUAGGAUCACUUUAUUCCCUUUUUGGUAAAAUUUAGUAAUUCAAAUAAUUUUAUAGUAAUUCAUAGUUAACAUUAUGUUAAUUCUAUAACAUUUAUCAUUUGCAGGUAACAACAUCCCUCAUGAUAUUGUCAAUGCUUUGUCUGUUGCCAUUCAACAGAACAGUGAUAGACAGGUAACAUUUGAGGAGCACAGGCAAAAGACUGAAGCUUUAACAAGAGAAUUAGAAAUGGCUCAGGAACGUAAACAACAAGAGGUAUGGAUCCAUCUGUUCAAGAUCAUCAUGCACAGAACAAUGAUAUCAUAAUAAUUAUGAUAUUAUUUUAUUUAUUAUUACCUGUUGUCUGGUUGAGUGUCGCCAAGAACAGUACUAUUUAGUCAUGAAAGUUAUAGCAAUGUUUCCACAACCUUGGCUGAAGUUAUUAUCAGAGUCAAACAGUGAUGAUAUUUGCACAGGGUUCUUGUUGCUGUUGUGUUUAACUUUUUCUCAAACUCAUUACCAAUUCAUAAAGAAAGUAGAAAGGAAAUUAAUGUGGAAUGAGUGUUCGGAAAUCAGAUGAAAAACUGCUCAUUUUUGCAUCCUUAAUUUCUCCUGCUAAAAUCUUGUUUGACAUGUAAUAUCAAGCAUUCGACACAAGGUUUCAUCACCAGAUAAAACACCUCAAAAAUUGUCAAAAACACUCGUUGGUGUCUUAUUUUCAACUCUCUUCUUGGUGUUUCAUCUGGUAAUGGAACACGGCAUCUCAUGCUUGAUAUAUUACUUGAAAGUCUUAAAUUCAAUAAGGAGAAUAAAAUUUAAUGUUUUCUUCCUUAUUGAAGGGCAGAAUUUAAUGCUUUGUUUUUGGAAAGGAGACCUCAACAAACCACCGGACUUGCGGGUUGUCAGUUGUCAGAAACUGUUAGUGAAGUUGCAUGUUAGUCUCAUUAAUGAGUGCCUAUACCAAUUUUUUUUGAGAAAGGGAAUUUUUUAGAAACUUUUAAGUCUAAAUUUCUUCCGCGCACCUGUUCUGCUGAUCAUGAAAUUGACAGGUUCAUAGGUGAUGUCAUAAUUAACAAUAAUUAAUGGCUGAGCCUGAGUAUCUUAUGAAGAAUUAUGGAGAUUAAGGAGGGUGUUAUCCGUCGAGGCCGUAGUGCACGUUUAGGGUUGUUGAGCGCCGCAAAUAUUCUCCAAAUAGCAGAUGUCGCCCUUCGAGUUGUCUUCUUACUGUUCUCGCCAUGUUUUUAGCUAUUUUUUUUUGCGCCUAGUUCUUACUCUUGAAAUAAGUGAAAUGUCUGCCAUUUUUGUUUCCACUACCAAAACAACUCAACCUCGUCCCCAGGUCUUCUUGGUUGACGGUGCCUUAACCUGCAAAAAUGCUGCAUUUUUGACGUCAUUUCCUCGCUAAAAACAAAAUUCUUCCAAAUUUGGUCAUCAGUAACUGGUUGUGGUGAAUUAUGCGUGUGCUUUUACCCAAUCAGAAUCGGGGAAAUAUUUUCAAUGAAUAAUAAGACAAAUUAAUUCUAGCCUGCGAGCAAGCUAUUAAUUCAGGAACUGAUUAUUGGGAUUUUAUGCAUGCCUAUCCCUUUCUUAGAGUCACCAGUGUUGUUGCAUCUAAUUAUAAUGCAUCUUACCAACACGUGGUUGAUUAAUAAUUAUUCUGGAAUCUCUUUUGUUUGCAGGUUUCAUGUUUAAGGGAAGAGAUUGACAAGCAGAGAUCAAGUCAUGAACUUCUGACAAGAAGCACACAAAAUCAGAUAGAUCAUUUAAAGUCAGCGUUGGAAGAACGAAAAGCAGCAUUUGAUUCUUUGUCAUCAAAACUCUCGUCCGCUGAGUCUGAAUUGCUUCUUUCAAAGAAAACCAUCUCUGAACAAAAAGUUGUUGUAAAGAAGUUGGGCACUGAACUGCAAGACAAAAAAGAACAGAAGGCCAUGGCAGAAAAACAGCAAAGAAAGAAAUAUAACGAGGUGCUGGAGAAAAACCAAGAGCUAGAAAACAUCAUUAGUGUCCUUGAACGAAAAAACAAGAGUUUGGAGAAUAAAAUACAGUCUUUAGAAGAGGAUAUGGAGAGAAUGGAAAGACAGUUUGCUGAGAGAGGAAAAGCUAGUGAUCAAAAAUUUCAGGAAGAACUCCUCAGCACAGAAAACAGGCUGCAAAAAGAACUGAAUCAACUGCAGCAAAAGGCUUUAGAAUAUCGAGAAGCUUCAAGGGAGAAAGUGAAGAAGUUAGAGGAAGACAAGACUGCUUUUGAAGAGGAAAUAAGCAACUUGAAAUCUCAGUUAGUCUCUCUAAAAUUAACAUCAGAUGAGGAACUAAGGAAUACCAAAACGAGAUUAAAGCAGGAGGAAAUAACUCAGUCCAGGCAAUAUGAUGAACAUAUUUCCCAGGUUCAAACAGCACAGAAUGAGCUACAAAUACAGAGUACAAAACAGCUGUCACAAAUCACAGAUUUGCAGUCACAGCUUAACACAGCAAACAGAGAUAAUGAAGCUUCUAAGAGACAACUGGAAACACUUAAACAACAGCUAGAGCACAGGGAUGCAGAUUAUAGGAAUGAAGUUAGUCGAUCAAGAAUCGAACUUGAUUCAGAGAGAAAAACACAGGCUGAGCUAAGGGACAAGAUUUCUGAUUUAGAGGAUAAAAUCUCUGAUAUGUCCCGAAAACACAAGGAUGCUAUCUCAUUGAAAGAUAAUCAGUUGGAGCUGUUAAAUGAGCAACUGAGAGCCAAAGAAAAUGACAUCAAAAGAAUUCAUGAUGAAGAAAUGAAGAGGGCAGAACUUUUGGAGAAAGCGAUUUAUAGUUAUGUGUCAAGCACAAAAAAUGCCUCUCGACCUGGCUCACCAUACAGAACUUAG